AGUUGAGCCAGAAUCCAGGAGCAGUUCUCCUAACAGAAAGGGGAAAAUAUAUAACAAAAAAGGCAUUAAUGUCGGAUUAAUCGAUUAGUCGAUCAGGAGAAAAUGAAUCACCAACAUUUUGGAUGAUGAAGUCAGUUCCGUUGCAAUUUUCUAGUUUUGGUUUCUUUUAGUGUGAGGAUGUUCUGCUUUUUACUGUGAGGACACUUUACCUCCGACUGUAAUACGCUUUACUCAACUCUUUUCUUCAGCUGAAUAUAGGAAUGAUGUGUUUGUUACCUCAGAAUGAGCCUUUUAUAUCUACGGACGCCUCGGCUCGCCUUCCAUGGCGUCCCAUAUAUUGAACUGCCAUGUUUCUACAGUAUCCCAGAAGGGACGAAGCAAACACUGGCUCUGGAUUGGGCCGCUGUAGUUUCUCCUUCGCACUUGGAACUUGGAAGGGUGAAGCGAGGGAGUUGCAAUCUGCAACUACAUCGCUAGAUGCCACAAAAUCCUACACGCUGGACCUUUUUUUUUUUUUUUUUAAUCAAAAUGGUUACUGAGAGUAAUGGUCAGUUGCAGCUCUAUGAUUAUGUAUGAGCAGAGAUCAUUUUCAGUGCCACACAGACUCCACAGAAUUGUAAGGCAGAGCGGUGCCAGGCUAUUUCAAUGAUCGCAUUCUGGUUGUUUGUUUUUCUUGUUGUGAUUGAACCCAAUAUGCAUUUUAGUGCUGCGUGUGAACGGGGCCAACGUCUCUCUUUCCGUGAGCACUAAGCUAGCUGUCGCUCUCUCUCCUGCUGACAGACGGAUUCUGGCUCACAGUCAUAUUUUGGUUUUCACUUGAGCUUCUUUUCCUGGCUGGCUCAGUUUUUGUGCGUGUGUUUGGAGAGGGAGCCAGGGUGUGUGCAGGAGUCGGUCUGUAAAGGAACUGAGCAAAAAGGGGGGGGGUGAACAUUUUACAUAGCCAGACUGAUUCUAGAAAGUAACAAGUCAACAUUUUAACCAUCAUGAGGGAUCUGAUCUAAGAACUACGUCACUUUGUUUUCAUCUGCAAACUGUGGGUUUUUGGGCGAAUCUAUAAUUUUGUACAAGUCUGAACUCUGUGGUAACACACACACCACACUCCCCCAGGGUUUAGCAAAUUUUUAAAAUUCAGCUGUGUGAGGUAAGGUUACUGAGUGUGGUACACACACCUAUCACAUUGUGGCAAACGGAGGGGGGGAGGAAAUGAAAAGAAGAGGCAGCGAGAAAGUGAGGUAUGGUGUCAACGAGGGCAGCUGCUGGUACAGCCUGCAGCCAGACAAGGCUGAAAUCUGAGACUUGCACAACCACAGAGCCGGGUGGAGGGAGGGGGCAGAGAGAAAGAAACACAAGUGAGAGAAAGAGAGAGAGAGAAUGUCCAUCAAGGAGAAAGAAGGCAAAAUAUGCAGACUCAAAGCAGAGCAAGCAUGCAAGAAAGUGUAGGGGAACAGAGGGAAAAUGGAGACACACAAGUGUAGCAGGGGCAAGCAAAAUGAGUAAGAAUCAAGUGAAAGAGAAAUGAUGUGUUUUCGAGAGAAGAAGGGGUUAUGUGUUUGGGUAGGGAGCUACCAAGAGAGAAAAGGGGAAGGGUGUGAGUGAGCAUGCUCUGUUUGGACUGACAUUGGAUGCCGGCUUGGCUUUUCUCUGUCUUGCACACACCCCAGCUGCAGUGACCACCUACCACACUCCAGGGGACAGAAAGAACAUGGCUUAGGAAGAAAAGUCAGAGAGACUUUUGUUUGGGACUUUCCCUUUCUCUUUUCUCUUUUUCCUCCUCUCUCUCUAGCCACAGCCUCCUCUACUUCCACCGGGGAACCAUAAGAGAGCAGGGCUUUGUUUCCCAAUCGCCAAAGGAUUAUUCUUCCAGCAACUGUUUUACACCACACAGGAUUUGUUGUUUUUUUUUUCAUAGAAACAAGGCCCUUCUCUUGCCAUGGGAAUUGUGCUUUUGUGCUGCAAACCUGCAAUUUUGGGAAAUGGUUUUGGAAGCGGAUAUACCUGUGUUUAAAAAAAGUGGUGCAGUGCCAAACGGUCCCUGAAGUUCUGGCACCAGGAAAAACAAAAGGUGGAACUUUGUGAAAGGAUAAUUAUCCGGUUGUUGGAGGCAAUCUACAGUGACUUUGCUAAACUGUCUCAUGUUGCUUUUUAGUUCCUAGUGGCUGACUUGGGAGCAGCCAGGGAGUGGCAGGUUGACCAACCACACACUGACAGACUGCUUACAGUCUACAUUAGAGUCAGAUUAUUUCUCUGUGCUGCAGCAUGAGCAGCCUAGCAACCUUCCUGGUGUUCCUGGUGGAUUCCUGUUCUGCCUGCUGUUCCAGGGACUGAGGGACUUUAAAAUCUUCUAGUUUUUUGGAUUCUAAGGACACAAACAUAGGGCCUCUGGUCUCCCCUUGUCCCUUCCCCUUGUGGGCUGUCAUUUUUCCAGCCAUUUAAGCAUCUCCUUGCGCCGUUGUCCGGGACACAGCCCUCCAUUCUUUCAUUACAGCUUUCCCCCCCCGGACCCUCAUGAGCUCAUGCUCCCUAAAUGGGGGACCAGAAGGAUAAAAUGUGAUCCUCUGUUAUGUGGUGUGUUUUGGGCAGCAGCAACAGUGUGUGGUUUCCAUGGAAAGCGCCAGAGGAAUAUGGAGCUGAGGGUCUGCGUGAAUGCUCUUCCCCUAUGUCUCUGGUCCAAGUGAAAUCGAAGCCGGCUUGUGUAGCGCUGCAAGCUCCGCCCUGGAACUCCUUGUUCAGACUCUUCUCAUGUGUAGCCACGAGAAACGUGCACAGGACUAAAGUUUGCAGACAGUAGAGACAGGAGAGAGGGGGGAUGACCUGCAGCAAAGGGUCCCGCACUGGUCCAAACCCAGGCCGCUGUGGUCCUUGAGGGCCUCGUUAUAUGGGAUAAUUGCUCUACCAAGUGAGCUUCCAGGCUGCCCCAAAGGUCCCCACAUUUCAAGAGAAGACGAAAGCCUUAUUUGGAAAUCUUAUGGACGAAGAAAUGAGUCGCCAGACUGCCACCGCGCUGCCCACAGGAACCUCCAAGUGUCCCCCCUCCCAGCGUGUGCCCACCUUGUCAGGCACCACCGCCUCCAACAGUGACCUGGCCAGCCUGUUUGAGUGCCCUGUCUGCUUCGACUAUGUGCUACCCCCCAUCCUGCAGUGCCAGUCCGGACACCUGGUAUGCUCCAACUGCCGGCCCAAGCUCACCUGCUGCCCCACCUGCCGAGGCCCCCUGGGCUCCAUCAGGAACCUGGCCAUGGAGAAGGUGGCGAACUCGGUCCUCUUCCCCUGCAAGUACGCCUCGUCGGGCUGCGAAGUCACCCUGCCUCACACCGACAAGACGGAGCACGAAGAGCUGUGCGAGUUCCGGCCGUACUCGUGCCCCUGCCCCGGCGCCUCCUGCAAGUGGCAGGGCUCCCUGGACGCGGUCAUGCCUCACCUGAUGCACCAGCACAAGUCCAUCACCACACUGCAGGGGGAGGACAUCGUCUUCCUGGCCACGGACAUCAACCUGCCGGGCGCAGUGGACUGGGUAAUGAUGCAGUCCUGCUUCGGCUUCCACUUCAUGCUGGUGCUGGAGAAGCAGGAGAAGUACGACGGCCACCAGCAGUUCUUCGCCAUCGUGCAGCUCAUCGGCACUCGCAAGCAGGCGGAGAACUUCGCCUAUCGGCUGGAGCUCAACGGGCACCGGCGCCGCCUGACCUGGGAGGCCACGCCGCGCUCCAUCCACGAGGGCAUCGCCACGGCCAUCAUGAACAGCGACUGCCUGGUGUUCGACACGUCCAUCGCACAGCUGUUCGCCGAGAACGGCAACCUGGGCAUCAACGUCACCAUCUCCAUGUGCUAAGAACUUUCAAAGAGGAGAGGGUCAAAAAGUUACAGAUUGUCAGGGGGCAUUUUUUAGGGGGGUCAAAUCAGUUGUGACCUCACAGCGCGCCCCCUCUCUGCCUCACCCCUUGAGACGUGGAACUGGACUGCCUGAUCGGGCAGCCGCGGAGGCCCAGGGGGUGGGAUGGAUGGAUGAAUGAAUGGAUGAGUGGAGGAAUGAUGAAUUAACACAAGGACACAACUGUGUAGUGAUGGCUAUAGACUCCUAAACAAACACACACACACACACAUAAACGUAUAUAUGUGAGACUCGUGCACGCACAUGCAGUCUCGCGCUCUGUCGGUCAUAAAACAACGGACACAAACUGAAAAGCUGUUCGGUCAAACCCGCUUUGUCAAACUCUCGUCCCUUCAAGUGAUCUCCCGCCACUCGUAUUUUAGUGUCGCUCUCUCUUCUUCCUCUCAGUCAUCCUCAGACAUUUCAGACACUACAGCUCUCCGACCUUCACUCCGAGACGGGGGGAGGCCGGUCGCCACCGAGCGGCCCGGCGCCCCCUCUCCCUCCCCACCGACAGCUACACACUGAGGAAAGCUAUAUUUCAACACGGACUCCUGGUCAGUGCUGGGUAGCUAGCUACCUAUCUAGCUCCCCCUGCAACCUCCACCUCGUUUCCCUGCUGUUUGUAAAUCCACCUCAGACCUCCCAGGAUCGAACCGGUUCACCGACUCUCGGCUGUGGCCGGGUUUCACCACAGCGGGCGUCUUCAUGCAUUAGCUAGCUUAAACUGGAACCCAGAUCCCAGGAAGUUCCUUAUCGCAGAUUUGGGUUUAUAUCUUAACACGCGACUGACGGCGGCUAUCGAUCGGCCGGGACUGGAACCACCACCCGCAUACGGGGGACGGCUGUAGCACCCCGAAACCCGCCCAGUUAUGUCCAGGACUGCGGUAAAGGAACUCGGCCUGUAGAAGAUCCGUACAGGCUCAUCUGGGUUCCCUCAGGCCAACAUCUGGUCCACCCAAGGUUAAAGAUUGUGCAUCGGACGCUCUUUAAAUAGUUGACUGUCGUUGUUGAUAGUUAUUAGAACAGACUCUGCUCUCAUACUGUACGGAUAUAAGAAGGCCCUCAGCUCCAUCAGCCCCGGACUCCUUUUUUUAGUUUUAUUUCCACGGAACGGACGCGGCGGUGAAGUUCUCGCACACGCCCGUUCUUUGCAUCGCCGGCUGUGUGCGCAGGUGUAAUGGUGGAUGAAUUUGUUGUGUGUCGGAGUGGCCGAGGAUCAGAGGGGUCCUUUUCGUUUUUUGUUUGUUGGUUGUUGUUUUUUUUUUUUUUUUUUCAGAACGAGGAAAAAAAAAAAACAAACACUGCAUUUCAGUUGAGUCAGUUUUCAUUUAUUUCUCAAGUCUGUUGUUUCUUUUUAAUUAUUGUAGUUGUCUUUUUUUGUAUGAGUGGAGAGAAGGUGUGUGUGUGUGUGUGUGUGUGUGUGUGUGUGUGUGUGUGUGUGUGUGUGUGUGUGUGUGUGUGUGUGUGUGUGUGUGUGUGUGUAAGAUGGACAUGUGGCAUAAAGCCUGCUCCCUCUCUUCCUCCUCCUCUCCCCCCGCUGCUUUUUCUUCCCCUUUCAUUUCUGCUCUGGCUCCAUCUCGCUCUGUCUGCCAGCCUCAACCACUGAUUGACUGAUCACCCAACCAUGAAUGAGGGACAGUUUCUACCGUUACAAUGUUGCUAUUGUUAUUAUUAAAUGGAGAUUAUCAUGAUUAUCAUUUUUUGUAAUGACUUUUAAAAACAAAGAUUAAAAGGCAGUUGUAAAACUUGUGGCUAAACUUCAGUGUUUGUAGUUAAAAAGCAAGUUGUGUCGUUCUUCUGAAGGUUUUGUUUUUUCAGAGUUGGAUUGUUUUUUCUUCUCAUCUAUUUGUCUCUCCGUCCUCUUGUUUGUGUGGUAAGUCUUUUUUUUUUUUUUUUUGUCUAUGAGGAGGGAGGGAGGUCAAGCCAAUCAUCUCUCCCUUUCUCUUCACGUGGAGUCACAGUAAUGUUGCUGCUCUCCCUCAACUCCUUUUUUCUGUUUUGUCAUUAAAUAAAUCUAUCUUUUUCAUA